AUGAGCAAAUCGUUACCCCUUUCCUCAAGGGCCAAGACCACCACGUUGAAGAAACCGAAAGAGUUGUUUACUUACACGAGAGAUAUCAACGGAGAGCACCACUACAAUGCAAACCAAUCGCAUGAUGGCCUCGCGUACUACUAUCUACCAGAUACAGCUGUCGACAGAAGAAUAGACUUGCAGCUGGGUUUCAAAGAUUUCAAAAAAAUCCCACUAGAGCAAGAUCUCGCUGAUUUCAAGCCUUUACUCGAUGGAAUCAUCAAAUAUGAAACUGAGACGGGCACCAAAGUCACGGGCGAUAUUGUGACUUUCCGCGGGAUCAUGACCAAAAUCCUUUCCUUACCUUACAAUCUGGACGACUCAUUCGAUUUGGUAAUUGUGCCGUUUGACGGACAACUCUUUAUCAACAGCGACUACGAGAUAGAACUCAAUCGCCGCAAAGAGCAAGAAACCCGGCAACGACAAACAACCACGGAAGAGAAAUACGAAUACAUCAAGAAAUGCGAGUACUCGGGCUACAAAUUCGAAACAAUUGCAACGUUACCAGACACAUGGGCCAACACCAGCCGCAAGACCAUCGAGUCGCGCCAUAAGAAGCCAGUCAACAACUACGAACAGUAUCUCUCGGUAAUCAAGACCGGGAUCGGGCCCCACCACAUCGUGCUCGCGGGAGAAGUAGAUUGUUGCUGGGACUAUACCCCGGACAAACCAUCGCAGAUUCUCCAACACUACGUCGAGCUCAAGACCUCGCGCGUGCUCGAAACUUCGUUCCAAGUACAAAACUUUGAAAAGAAACUCUUCAAGACAUGGUGCCAAUGUUUCUUGUUGGGUAUCACUAAGGUCGCGUAUGGGUUCCGCGACGAUAGCUUCAUCUUGCGCAACGUUGAGCUUUACAACACGGAAGAGAUCCCAGUUUUGAUCAAGGAAAACCCCAUGAAUCUGCAGGAUGCAAGGCCCGGCGGCAGCAAGAAUAAGAACCCCGUGAUCAACUGCACCCAGGCUUUGAAAUGGUACGGUGCCGUUGUGGAAUGGUUGAAUCAUUGCAUUGAUAAGCUGGAUGAGUCGAGGAGUUGGUUGUUGAAGUACGAUGCCAUUGCUAGGACGUUUACGUUGACGCAGGCUUCCGAGGCGAAAAAUGAUACGUUGAGAAGUGGGCAGGGCAAGGCGAGUGUUAUCAGUGAGGAGUUUAGGAAAUGGCGGAAAGAGGAGUUUUCGGUGAAAAGAGAUGAUUAG